AUGGAGCACACGCACGCCCACCUCGUAGCCAACAGCUCGUUGUCCUGGUCCCCCGGCUCGACCUGCGGCUUGGGCUUCGUGCCCGUGGUUUAUUACAGCCUCUUGCUGUGCCUCGGUUUACCAGCCAAUAUCCUGACAGUGAUCAUUCUCUCUCAGCUGGUAGCUAGAAGGCAGAAGUCCUCCUACAACUAUCUCUUGGCACUUGCUGCUGCUGACAUCUUGGUCCUCUUUUUCAUUGUGUUUGUGGACUUCCUGUUGGAAGACUUCAUCUUGAACAUGCAGAUGCCUCAGGUGCCCAAUAAGAUCAUAGAAGUGCUGGAAUUUUCAUCCAUCCACACUUCUAUUUGGAUUACUGUUCCAUUAACCAUUGAUCGGUAUAUUGCAGUCUGCCACCCACUCAAGUACCACACGGUCUCCUACCCAGCCCGCACCCGGAAAGUCAUUGUAAGUGUUUACAUCACCUGCUUCCUGACCAGCAUCCCCUACUACUGGUGGCCCAACAUCUGGACUGAAGACUACAUCAGCACCUCCAUGCAUCACGUCCUUAUCUGGAUUCACUGCUUCACCGUGUACUUGGUGCCCUGCUCCAUUUUCUUCAUCUUGAACUCAAUCAUUGUGUACAAGCUCAGGAGGAAAAGCAAUUUUCGCCUCCGUGGCUAUUCCACAGGGAAAACUACUGCCAUCUUGUUCACCAUUACCUCCAUCUUUGCCACACUCUGGGCCCCCCGCAUUGUCAUGAUUCUCUACCACCUCUAUGGGGCACCUAUCCAAAACCGCUGGCUGGUGCACAUCAUGUCCGACAUUGCCAACAUGCUGGCCCUUCUGAACACAGCCAUCAACUUCUUCCUCUACUGCUUCAUCAGCAAGAGGUUCCGCACUAUGGCGGCCGCCACGCUCAAGGCCUUCUUCAAGUGCCAAAAGCAACCUGUACAGUUCUACACCAACCAUAACUUUUCCAUAACAAGUAGCCCCUGGAUCUCACCAGCCAACUCACACUGUAUCAAGAUGCUGGUGUACCAGUAUGACAAAAAUGGAAAACCUAUAAAAGUAUCCCCAUGA